GCUGAAGCUCAGGUCUGGAAAAGGAAAAGGGAGGAAAAGGGACCAACAGGUGCAAGUGGAGCAUCCGCAGACCCCAGCAACCAACUCCGACAUACCUACUACGUACAGGAACGGAGUUUGAUAAUAAGCUUUGGAAGUUGUAGCGACGUCGACCAAAUACUUACCUACCUACCUACCUACCUACUUACCUAACCACUGACCUUGUUGGCCUGCCGUCGAACACUUUGUCGUCCCUGCCCCACAUUGCCUGCCUGACCCAACAAACACUACAAUCCCACAGCGCCAACCAUCUUCAGCUCGAAUUGUUGGUAUUCCUUCCGGGACAUGUAGGCAGCACCCGAAACAACGUGGUAGGCGAUUCAAGGAGAUCAUCGGAAUUAUAUCAACACAGCUAUGGCCGGAUGCGCCCGCGACGUCGACCUGUGGGGACAGGCUUGCCCGGGCAACGAACCUAUUUACUGCGGCGGACUAUCUUUCACAGAUUCAGAUACUUACAUAUACCCUCCAUCCGACGAUGAAAAGGACGAAGCAAGUAGACUUGCAAGAAUCCAGCGCUAUGAAGAGUGUGGCCGCCGAUAUCUGCAAGGCAAACCCCUUUCCAUUCUCUCAGCCUCUCUCCGCGGUCCUUUCGACAAAGCUUCAGGAUGGCAAAACCCUUGGCUUCCCAAAGUGCCCUCAGAGCAUGCACAACGAAAACUCGUACAUCAAUCCCAGCCGUCGGCGGCCUCAUCAAUAACCCAACACGAGAAUAGCAUACAGGCCGAGAGUCUGUCGACUGAGGAAGAUGGAACCAUCCAAAAUGGAGGGGUGGGCGACUCUAUGGAAUGCCACUUGCCAAGCCCACAAAGCCAUCAAGACCUCCAGUUCCAUAAUAGUCCAUCACAUCACGAAAGACGUUCUCGAAUAGAAUCAUGGGCCAAUGAUAUUCAUCCAGUUGCUCUUGAGAAAGAUAAAUUCUGGGCACCAGGCUAUGACUCUAUAGAUCGGGAUGCUGAGCCAUCUCAGAAGCGUCCAGCGGGUAAAGAGUGGCUGAAGCGGCGUCCGGCAAAGAAGAGAAGGCUCCCAUCUUCUCAGAGUACAGGAGCCGCAUCCACUCCAACCCCAACACCAACGGCGCGGUUAAGAGCUAAGAGAAACAAGGCUUCGGUAUUUGAAAACAGACCAGCAAACCGCAGUUUUGAAAUGACCACACCGUCCUCAAGCCCUGACCGCGGGCCAAGGGACUCUCCGAGCGCAUCAGAGCGCCAACCAUUGGGCUCAAGGGAGGAACAUGGACGCCUAGCUUCUUCGAAUAAGCCCAUUGGGGGUACUGACAUAUCUGCUGAGCCAGCCGCAUCACCCAGGCAAGAACAAGCGGAAGAAGAGAGGCGUAAGGAAGACAACGAUGAAGUCGAACAGGAUAUUGAAGCAGAAGCUAAAAGACCAGAUCCAGUUGAAGACAACAAUCAGGGCCAGUCUCCAAAGCAGACGUGUCAAAAUAAUGAAGAAUUCAAAGAAAACGGCGACUUUGAAGAUUGUGCUGAUGACAGCUUUUAUUAUCGAGCCCGGCAGAUGAAGCAGCCCACGUCUCCACGAAUAUCUGAUAUAACGGCUGCUGAUUGCUCGAUGAAGCACAUAGAAUCCAAAACGCCUUCACCACCUGAACAGGAGAUUGCCGUCAUUUUGUCGCCGGGAACCCAUACUCAAGGUUCCAGUCACGUCACGCCAUACGAGCAAUCAAAUGCCAACGAUAUAGAGCAUAUAAUGCAGCCGAAUAGGAAUCCCAGUUCCAUCGCAAUUAACGACGAGUCGGGCCAUAUUGCAGUUUCAACCCUUCAAUCAAAUACGAACGAAUUUCAAUUUCACGAGGCAAUGUUUAAGAAUUGCGCUGUUCAAGUUCUAACUUCGGAUGCGGGCGAUGCUUUAACUGUCGGUAUACGUCAACCGCUAGGCGAUAUAACAACAAAUAAACACGCUUCCCGGCUGAACGCUCGAGAUAACAUACCACAGACUGUUUCCAAAGCGAACGAGGCGCGGGGCAUAACCCCCGAGCCAUUCUUUGACGAGGGUGUUACCCUUAUAGGCGAGACAAUGGAUAUGGACGAGCCAGGAGCUAUUGAAGCUCCUCAGACAGACAUAGAGCAGCAUUUCUGUCCUGACUUUGACCUCCUUGCACACUAUGCAAUUUCAGCCACCGAUCUUGCCAACGCCAACCAGCUAUCCUAUUCUCAUGACAUCACAUCCCUGAGUGGAACAAAGGAUGUUGCAAACCUUGCUAUGGCCAUUGCACCCCAACAAGAGCCAGCUGAGUUGCACUCGAUAACUACUGAGCCUUGUGAAAGCCCACCGGUAGAAAUGACAGAUUCAGCCGAUGCUACUGAAGUCACCUUAAGCCAUCUUAACGAGGACUUAACUCUUGUUGUGACCGACAAUGAGAGCACUCCACCUGAACAACAGAGCCCCUGGACGUCUCCUAGCAAGACAAAUAUCCAAAUUCCCAAUGCUAAUACGGGACAGGACGGGGGCAAGCUUGAGAAGUCGCCAGCACAGCCUGUUGUCAAGAUGUUUGAUUCCCCGGCAUUGAUGAGUGAUUCCCCUGCGAUUCAUCCAUCUCAACAGAGCCCUUGGGCUGCGGAGACCAACGAACUAACGAACGCACCAGAUGUACAGGGAGCUAUAGAUGUAGAAACGGCGCUUAUCAUGAACGUCGAAACACCUGUUAAACCCCUGAGUCCACCACUGCCAGGGCAUCAAAAUGUCUGGGCUGCCUCUCCGUCAGCUAUUCCGCCUAUUUUAAGCAACCUAUGUCAAAUGUCCCCCGAGCCCCAGUUUCUUGAAUCAACCGUUGGAGAGGAAGCACCUAUUCUGAAAGGGUAUCCCAAGACUCCUAUCCCGCAGAUUCCACGUCAAUCAACACCGGAUGGCGAAGUAUCGAUCCGAUCUUUUUCCAAUUUCAACUUUCCUUCACCACGGCAGCCAUCAUCUUGUCCUCCGAGUGUAUCUGCAUGUCGAGGUAUACUCCGCAGCAAGAAGUCAUUGACAAGCAAUAAGACCGCUCGACGGGUAUCAUUUGCAUUUGAACAAGAGGGCGAUGGUUACGAAUUAUCUACAAAUUUGAGAGCACCUUCUCCCCCGCCCCCGGCGAUAGUUGAUCUUGAGGAAGACACUGUCGACGGAAGAUAUCGGAAACACUUUGAUGUCAUGAAUCGUCGCCUGAGUACCAGCCAAGGAAUGACACCAAGAUGUCAGCGGCGCUUAUUGCCUAAUGCCUCGCAACGGGAACCUGAGAGUCCACAGGCUGAUGCCAUGGCGGAGGCAUUUAGACGGGCUGAUGCGGAUGCUACAAGGGGAGCAUAUUAUAUGGAUAACGUUGCAAAAGGCAAGAAGGCUGAGGAAAAGGAAAAUGAACAUCCCGGACAGAAUCAUGAUGGUGAUGAGAGGCCCCAAUCGCCCUGGCAGAAAACCACUGCUGGCGUCGACGAUGAUGAUGUCGCUGCUGUCAUGGGGAAUUUGAAUGAGUUCCUGGAUGUAUGGGAUGUCGAUAAGGAAAUGGAUAGGAAUAGAAAUGAGCUUGGGAUUGAGAUUGGUGGUCAUGAAAUGGGAAUGGAUAUGGGGAGACGGGAUGAAGUACGGUUGAAUGACGAUGUGGGUGCUUUAACUGGGGAUGGGAUUUGGUAAGGAGAAUGAGUGAAAGGAGUAUGCAUGGUCUGGCGUGGUAUAGCAUUUGAUACCCGGGCUCUUUGCUUUUUUUCCUUUUAUUGUGUAUUGGAGUGGUAUGGUUUUAUGAGGAUUUGCUGGAAUGAAAGUAUUGCUUGAAAGGCGGUUUGAUAACUCGAGGGAGGGAGGGAGCUGGAAGGGAGAGGAUGGGGAUAGAUCAUGGUAUACAUAGUUACCUUCGAAGUCAGAUGGGGCGCAAAUAUUUGCUGUGAGUGAAAUACAUAUGUGCUUAGUUAGGUUGAAGUACUAUUGGCUAGGCAUAUUGCUUUCAAAGGCUCGAUGGAAGCGUGGAUUAUAUUAGUGACCUGUCUACGGAGUAUAUAUCUACCCGUUUGUCUAACUAUCUAUGUAUAUGGAUAUCAUCUUAAG